UUACUGGAUAAUAACAUUCACUAGAUGAUAAAAUUCAAAAUAAUAGUCAAAAGCUUUACAAUAAUAAGAUACCAAUCAUUCAGUUGUAAUUCUCAUUAAGUGUGAUUAAGUUUCGGUUGUUAGAUUUUAUAUUAAGAAAAUUCUUAUUACUAUUCGUUUUUGUUUCAAUUAUAUUAUUAAUUGUUCGAUUUUAAUUAAUGGCGAGUGAACAAAAUACAGGUCAAGUUAUACCAACUUGGAUUAAAGCAUCAUUAUUUGAACCAGUUUUUAAAGAAAUUUUUAGUAAUUUUCAACAAAUUAAAGAUUUUCAAGCCAAACCUGCCCUAAGUGCUGGUGAAAAUUAUGCCAGUAUAAUGCUGCGAUUGGAAGCGAAAAUUGAAUUGAAAGAUGGCUCCUGCAAAUCAAAAACGUUGAUGUUAAAAACAGCACACGACAAUGAAAUGGCUAAAGAAACGCUGAAAAAUAUCGAUAUAUUUGAAGUCGAACAUUAUAUGUAUCGAGAAGUAGUGCCAGAAUUUGAACAAAUUUAUACAAAUGCUGGUGUCGACAUAAAAUUUGCACCAAAGUCUUAUGAAAUAGCCACAGAACAUUCGUAUCUACUUUUAGAAGAUCUUAAACCUAAAGGUUAUAAAAAUAUCAACCGUUUGGAAGGUUUCGAUAUCCAACACACGCAUGCGGUGCUAAAAGUAUUGGCACAAUGGCAUGCAGCAUCGGCUGUACUUAUUGCAGCGAAGAGAAAUUACAAGCCAGUAUUGUUUAACAAUUUCUUUAACGAGGAAAAUCGUGAAAUGAUGCGUAACAUAUAUGACAAAAUGACAGCAAUCUUUCUAAACUGUGCUAAAUCUUAUGAAGGUCAUGAAUUGUACUACGAACGAUUGUGUCAGCACAAAGAUGAUAUAGUAGAUGAAAUGUUUGAGGCGAAUAAACAGGAUGAAAAGGAAUUUAAUGUUUUGAAUCAUGGAGAUUGUUGGUCAAAUAAUGUCAUGUUCAAAUAUGAUGAAUUGGGUAAUAUUGUUGACACCUUUUUAGUGGACUAUCAAGUGCCACAUAUUGGUACUCCAGCGCAGGAUCUAUAUUAUUUGCUGUUAUCCUCUACACGAUAUGAACUGAAAAUAGAAAAAUUUGAUUAUUUUGUCAAAUAUUAUCACGAUCAUUUGAUAAAAAAUUUAACAUUGUUAAAGUAUCCCAAAAAACUUCCCACAUUAAAGGAUCUGCAUAUUACGUUGCAUAAAUAUAAUGCAUGGGCAUAUAACAUCAGUAUUGGAGUUAUGGCAGCAGUACUUCUAGAUCCCAGUGAAAAUGCCAAAAUGGAGAAUUAUUUAAGUGACUCAGAUGAAGCUGUUCAAUUUAAAAUUCAAUUGUAUUCAAAUCCUCGUUAUCGCAAACACAUGGAAUUGGUUUUACCUUGGUUGUAUUAUCGUGGAGUAUUUUGAAUUACAACCUUUAUUUAAUAGCAAAUUUAAUCUCAAAUGAAAAUGUUAUAUUAAUUAUUUUAUAUAAAUUACACCCUUAAUACAGAA